AUGGCCCCGGCAAACAGACUCGACACAGACCAGCCCAAGGCGAAGCGCGGCGACGGCGCAUCACUCCUCUCUCCCGUCGCAUACGACGACGACGCGGCGUCCCUGCAUUCCCGGAGCGACCAAGACACAGACAGCGAUGACGACCAGCUGCAGCUGCGGGCGCGGAACAGCCGUGAGCUGCGCGCCGCCGACAGCAUUGUCUUGAUGGAAGAGGAGGAACUUGACCGUUUGGUCACUUCGUCCCGGCGGCAACAGGAGCGCCAACGACGGGGCUCCGGACUGUCUGUUCCCGGUGCCUUGAAUAUAUUUGCCCGUCGAGGGAGCUCGUCGCAGUUGUCGUCGCCCAGCGCUUCCACGGAGAACCUGGUGCUGGAGAAGCGAGAGGCCAGGCGGGCCCGAAGAAAGCAGAACAAGACCAGGUUAAUCGAGGACGCCCGCCACGGCGAGGACGGCGAAUUGAUGUACGAGAUGGAAGAGGGCGGCAUGAAAGAGGGCAGUUCCACCGGCGACAGCAGCGAACGAGAAGACAGUGGAGAGGCGGACCGACGGCGACUGAAUCUCGUGGCACAGGCGAGGAACAGCCGCGGCCGCAGCUGGCGGAGAUGGAUCUUUUUGCAUUCACUCAUCGCCGUCGGCUUUUCCAUCCUCGUCCUGGUUGCGUGGAAGCUGUCGAGGACUGGGCGGAGCGGACCGCCCAAGCAGCCCCUGGUCAGCAACGGAACAGCUCUCUUCGCGCCAACCACAAUCAUUCUCAGCCUGGACGGCUUCCGGGCUGAUUUCCUGCAGAGAGGACUGACGCCCGCGCUCGGCGCCCUGGUCAGGGAGGGCGUCUCGCCGCAGUACAUGACGCCGUCCUUUCCGUCCCUCACGUUCCCCAACCACUACACCUUGGCAACGGGGCUGCACCCCGAGUCGCACGGCAUCGUCGGCAACACGUUUUGGGAUCCAGACCUGAAGGCCGAAUUCUACUACACAGACCCGGCACGGAGCCUGGACGCCAAGUGGUGGGGGGGCGAGCCCUUCUGGGUGACGGCCGAGAAGCAGGGGAUUCGCGCCGCGGUGCACAUGUGGCCCGGCAGCGAGGCCGCCAUCCAAGGCACCUUUGCCAGCAUCGUCGAUAAAUUCAACGGCAACGAGCCGCUGGACCGCAAGGUCUCCAGAAUACUGGGCUUCCUCGACAUGCCGGGCCAGGAGAGGCCGGCUGUCGACGCGAGGCGUUCACGACCGCAGCUGAUCGCGGCGUACGUGCCCAACGUCGACACCGACGGCCACAAGUACGGCCCCAACAGCACGGAAAUCAGGUCGACCAUUCGGUCCGUCGACGCCAUGGUCAACGAGCUCCUCGAGGGCCUCGAGGCCCGCAACCUCACCCACAUCGUCAACGUCAUCGUCGUGUCUGACCACGGCAUGGCCACCACGGACACUUCUCGAGUGCUUCAGCUCGAGGACCUGGUAGACCCGGCCGACACCGAGCACACCGACGGCUGGCCACUGUACGGUCUGCGGCCCAAGGACGACGGAGACACGCGGCGACUCUACGACCAGCUCAAGCACAAGGCCGCGUCUCAACCCGGCUUCGACGUCUACCUCCGCGACGUCGACAUGCCGGAAAGAUAUCACUUCUCGCACAACCGCCGCAUCGCGCCGCUGUGGAUCGUGCCCUGGACGGGAUGGGCCAUUUCCACCAGGGACGAGUUCGUGGUCAAGGAAGCCCAGGAGAAGGGCCUCGUGUACCACCCUCGCGGCCUGCACGGCUACGAUAACGAACAGCCCCUGAUGAGGGCCAUUUUCAUCGCCCGAGGACCAGCGUUUCCGCACCCGGCGAAUAGCAGGGUCCGACAUUUCCGUAAGCUGACUUCCCCUUCCCCUCCCCCUUGCUCGGUGUCGUUUCGUUUUACUGUUCUCCCCCCUCCGCUCUCUGCAGGAGGCGGCAUUGCUGACGAGGCUCUUUUCGCGCCAGAAAACCUCGAAGUGUACAACAUUGUGUGCGACUCUCUGGGCCUGGAGCCGCGGCCUAACAACGGAACGCUGCGACUGCCGCUCGGACCAGUCGGCAGCCACGACGACGCGAAGCCCCAGGAAGUACCGCAAGAUCCGCCGCCAGCCCAGCCUACCGAGUUUGUCCAUCCUGAGCGGCCGACCAAGCCCAAGCCCAAGCCCGAGCCCUCUGCGCCGGCGAUUGGCGUUGAUCCGCCGCCGGCUGACGCCCAUCAGCCCACGCGGCCGACGAAACCUAAAGCAUCAUCUUCGUCCUCAUCCUCAUCAUCAUCAUCAUCAUCGCCUUCUUCCUCCUCAGCCUUGGUAGCUGAUGACGACGAGCCAAAACGGCCGACGAGGCCUCCUACGCCGCCCACCACCACCACACAAGUCCCCCCGGCGGAAGCCACAACGGGCCACGGAGACAGGGAGGGCCGGCAGACGCCCGACAAGGCAAAGGGCCUGUGGGAGUGGAUCAAGAAGGCGGCGGAGGGGGUUUGGGGUACAAUCGCGGGCUCUGGGUAG